GCAUAAGAGGAAAAGAAAAAGGAUCGAGUUUGUUUCUGUUUUCCUUCGAGUGAAAAGUUUUCUUUAAUUCAAUUUUCCUCGCAGGAAAUAAAAAGCAAAACCUUAUCUAGGCGAUUGGCGCAAUGGCAGACGAACCUCCGUAUGGCCGGGUGAUCAGUGCUGAAGAGCUGGCAUGCACCAUCUACGUAGGAAACAUUUCCAAAUCAACAACGGAAGACCAGUUGCGGACGUGCUUCCAGCUGUGUGAAAAUGUCACCUUCCGAUUGGAAAAUUGUAGCUAUUGUCCCACGAAGAUUGCCUUCGUACGUUUUGCAAAUCGGACAGACGAAGCCAAGGCUCUGCGAAUGAACCACACUUUUUUACAAGGCAAGCGAAUCUUCGUUACCAGUUGCGACUCGGAACGUAACUUUACACCGAAAUUCGCAAUUGUUGUAAGAAAUCUGAACGAACAUAUAAGCGAAGAAGACUUGUACGAUCAUUUCCUGAACAUUGGACAGAUUGAGUGUGUCCAAAAGCCUGCUUACAAUUAUGCGUAUAUUUCAUUCGAACAAAGCGAUUACACACAGCGGGCCCUUUCAGUUCGCAACCGAAACCUCAAAGGCGUACAGUUCACAGUGCAGCCCGUGAAACGCAACAUUUGCAUGAUGCUAGACAAGCCCCAGGGAAUGUCCUUCAACACCAUAAGAGAAAAGUGUCAAGCAUAUAGUUUGAGGUAUGACUCAGAAGCAGAGUCGGAAACAAAGUUAAUGGUUACAAACAUUCCACGUGAAUUACCAGAAUCGGACGUAAUGGAUUAUCUAGGUAAAUUCGGAAAAAUUGUCGACUGGGAAAUGAAAAAGUCGCCUGUCUCGAUAAUGACCAAUAUCGGUUUUGUCACGUUUAGCGAUGCUAAAACGGCACGUCAUGUAUUUUUACUCAAAGUUCACAAUUACCAAGGAGUGGGCUUGGAAAUCUACAAUGAAAAAAUCACCUGCGGCUAUGAUUCGUCGUUUACGGGAGUUAUUCUAAAACAAACUAGCGUUUAUUUGACAAAUGAUGAGAUUUACCAGGCCAUGAACGAGUGCGGAAAAGUCAAUCAUAUUUAUCGGGUAAAUGACGUGCGCUACAAUACGGUAGUGAUGUUCAAAUUUAUUAUGUCCGUUAAUCAGGCAAUCAAAUUGAAACGUAUUGCUGAGGAAAAUGUAUACGUCGUAAAGUAUAAAGCAGAAACAUAUGAAUCGGACAUGAUGCCAAUACCCGAAGUUUACCCGAAAACUUUAACACGAAUGGAAAAAGAACAACAGCUGAGAUCUUUUAUGGACCCAGAAAAUCGAGUUGAAUCAAUGCGUCUUCGUACCAUACCUAACAAACUAUAUACCAACCCAAAUAAUAAAUACUAUCGCAAUGAAGUUCGAAUAAUGAAUUAUCCUUCUGGAUCGGGAUUGGAUAAAUUUCAAGAGUUUUUCAAGAAAUGUGGCAGUGUAAUCAGCUAUCGUGAAGACUUUAAAAAUAAUGUGCCACAAGGUUUUAUUGGUUUUGAAACGCGCCUUGAAGCCAGGCGUGCCUGCCUAAUGAAUCAGAGUUUUCUGGAUGGAAAACGCUUGCUCAUACAUAUGGCCGACGAAGAGUUAUUGUUGGACCCGGAGUUAUGUAUAACAGUGUCUGGAUUGAAGCGGUUCGUGACUGACGAAGACAUCUAUGAUCGUUUCAACGGUAUUGGGUCGGUUAAAUUUGUUUUACGGGAAUCAGUGGAAAAGGCAAUUGUUUGUAUGGAAGAUACAAAAUGGAUUGAGCCAGCUUUGAUGGUUCCGAUGAUAGGAAUCGUAAAGGUGACGACAAAACGUUUUAAUUCGACGCAACCUGGUUUGAAAAUCCAAACACUACAAGCCCAAAACACUUCAGAACCCACCAAAACAAACUUGCAAAAAAUACCAGUGCUCAGUCCAGUUCUGCGUCCUUCCGCUCCGAGAAUGAGUUCAGUGUCUAGUGUUUCAACUAAACGUCCACAAAAUAAUGGAUCAAUGAAUAUUCCCGCUGGAUUUCCGAAUCAUACCAAUGGUUCUCAAGCUUCAAUGAUGGGAUGGCCUCCAAAUCGAAUGAUGGGACCUACAAACCAAAUGACAGGACCUCCGGAUCAGAUGAUGUAUCCUCAAAGCCAAAUGAUGGGACCACCUGGUCAAAUGAUGGGACCACCUGGUCAAAUGAUGGGACCACCCGGUCAAAUGAUGGGCCCACCCGGUCAAAUGAUGGGACCACCCGGUCAAAUGAUGGGACCACCUGGUCACAUGAUGGGACCUCCUGAUCAGAUGAUGGGGCCUCCUGGUCAGAUGAUGGGACCUCCUGGUCAAAUGAUGGGACCUCCUGGUCAAAUGAUGGGACCUCCUGGUGAUAUGAUGGGACCUCCUGGUCAAAUGAUGGGACCUGGACCAAUGAUGGGACCUGGACCAAUGAUGGGGCAUUCUGGUACAACGUUGGGACCCUAUGGUCAAAUGAUGGGACCUCCUGAUCAAAUGAUGGGCCCUGGGCCAUUCAUGGGACCCCCAGGUCAAAUGAUGGGGCCUCCUGGUCCAAUGAUGGAUCCUAUUGGCCCACAGCAAGCACAAUUACCAAUUGUUACUCCCGCAAUGAGAAAUCUAAUGCAAACUAUCGAAAGUCAAAUGAUACAUGUGCCUGCUUUCAGUUCUAUGCCGAUGGUAGAACAAUUUCGAUUGAUUAAUGGCAUCGUUAAUCAGUUUAUUAAUGUUCCUUAUUUCCGCAAAUUAAAACCUGAUAAAAAAAUUGGUAAUCUCGUCAGUGGCAAAAAUAGGUUCAAUGCCGCUCACACAUUCAUGCUUUUUACUUAUCCCCAACAAUUACAAUUGCUAAACCUUGUUGAAACUGACUAUAAGAAUACUAUCCAAUCUGGCAAAAAAUCAAACAAUGACUCAAACCCUAUACCAGAACUGGCACAAAGCGAAAUUGGUGGAAAUGUUAUAGGAGAAGGUUUAGCUCCUUGGCAAUUAAAACCAUCAACUUCUGGAUCUAGUAGCGGUAACGAGAAAAAGUGUAUCAGUGCACAAGAGAGAUUUGAAGAAGCAGAACUGAUGAGACUUCUUUCCGAAAACAUGAAACGAGAUAAAGAUGAAGAUGAAAUGUCAUCAAAUUCGAGUGAUUCAGACAAUAUCCCCCCUGCUCCUGAGCCACCAACGCUCAGUAAAAUGAAAUCUUGCUCGAAAUCUCCACUUCGAAGAUCCCGUAAUCAAUCAUCAACUAAAAAAUACAGAAGAUCGCGCUCAAUUUCCCCACUAUCACCUCGCCGACGAGAAAACCUAAGUCCGUUCUCUAGAGCGUUGGUUUCCAGUCCUCUUCUAGGGUACGAUAGAUCGGUUUCCAGGUCUCCUUCUUCCCGCAACAGUUUACACAAUCGGAGUCCCAAUUGGAAAUAUUCGUCACGGCGUAGCAUUCUGAAAAGAUCUCGCUCUCGAUCUCCAAGGCGGCGCGGAUCGCCACAUCAUUCAGAACCUCUGGAAAAACGUAGAACCUCCGGAACACCAAGUUCGAGAAAAGAAAGAUCAUCUUCGACAUCUCCUCGGCGUCGCCGUAGUACUAGUCGCGGAAAUGUACGCCAUGAAUCAAGUCGGCGCUCCGUUCGAUAUAGAUCUCGCUCGCGUUCGCGAUCUCCCCGGUCCCCGCGGCGCAGCAGACAUUCACCACGUGUCCGAUCUCCCUUGCGGGAAGACGAUCACGCAAAACCGGAGUCUGACCUCGAUUGUGCUACAUCCGAAGGAAUAAUGGAUCAUGAGGGCGAAACUCCUGUCAUUUUCGUUGGUAACUUGCCCCAGGAUGUUACGGAGUACCAGGUUACUGAGGUUUUCAGCAAGUAUGGCCAGAUAGUUUCUUUGGACCUCAGCGAAACCAAUUCUGGCACAAAAAAGGCUUUCAUCGAAUUUGUGACUUUCGACCAAGCUAUAAAAUCCCUUGAAAUGCACCUUCGUACAUAUCGUGACCAUUUGCUAAGGGUUGCAUUCAAGUCCGUGAACUACAAAUAUCGAUCCGGGUACGCCGUCAUGGUCUCUACGAAAGGAAAUCAAUACAACGAAGUAUUGAUUUACAAGUCCCUUAAAGCGUGUGGAGAAAUCACUUGUAUCUGGACGAGAAUAAUUAACAAACGUUCGUUCUGCAUUAUCGAUUUCAAGAACACAGAUUCCGUGAAGAAGGCACUUCGAACAAAUCGUCUCAAUAAUGGGUUCAAGUGUAAGGUCACGUCGAUGUAAGGAUUUGGUAGGUAAGCUCUAUCGUUACUUUUUCGAAAAACAGAUCGAAUAUCCUGAGCAGUGAAAGAAUUUUAAAUUCUAGGUGCGGCAUUAUGAAUAAUGCUAUUACUAUUCUAGAAAAUAAUAAGAUGAACCCAUAUUAUCAACAAGCCCUAGAUUAAGUUUACGUUAAGUUAAUCCAUUGCAUUUUUCUGGAUAA